AUUGCAAGAUGAAGAAGUCAACCGGUAAAGCGUACGCCUCUAGCCAGGAAGAUAGUGAGAAUGACAGUGACGUCACUGAAUGCAGCAUCGGGAGUAAUUCAACUGCCGGCACUCAUCGCAGCGAUACGCCCACUCGAAGCGCCCGUUACAGACGAAAAGGUCGUCGCAGGAGUAAAACAGCCAAGUACAAGCCUUCUACGGACAAACCAAUGUACAAAUAUUGCUGUAACGUCAAGGAGGAUCAUGGCCAACCAUUGUUUGGCGUGCAGUUCAAUUAUCAUUUGAAAGAGGGCGAACCGUUGAUAUUCGCUUCUGUGGGAAGUAAUCGCGUGAGCAUCUACGAAUGCCCACAAAGUGGAAAUAUACGAUUGCAACAGUGUUACGCUGAUCCUGACACGGAGGAGAAUUUUUACACAUGCGCUUGGACGUACGAUGAUUCCGGGAAGCCUCUAUUAUCCGUGGCCGGAUCGCGCGGAGUCAUACGAAUUAUUAGUCCCGCGACGAUGACCUGCAUCAAGCACUAUAUCGGUCAUGGGCACGCGAUAAAUGAGCUAAAAAUUCAUCCAAGGGAUCCAAACAUAUUGCUUUCUGCAUCAAAAGAUCAUGCUUUAAGAUUAUGGAACAUCAAGACGGACGUGUGCAUCGCGAUCUUUGGUGGAGUUGAAGGUCACCGCGACGAAGUACUGAGCGCCGAUUUCGACAUACGAGGUCAACGGAUCAUUUCAUGCGGAAUGGACCAUGCUCUCAAACUAUGGUCCCUGGACAAACCGGACAUGCAGGAGGCGAUAAAGCAGUCCUAUCACUGUAAUCCCACCCGCAAUGGUAGACCCUUCGACUCUAUACUCCAACAUUUUCCAGAUUUCACCACUCGCGACGUUCAUCGAAACUAUGUCGAUUGUGUGAAAUGGUUCGGUGAUUUUAUUCUGAGCAAAUCCUGUGAGAACUGCAUUGUGUGCUGGAAACCGGGUAGACUCGAGGAUUCGCAAUUGCGCAACGGAGAAACUAGCGCAACGGUCAUGCAUCGUUUCGAAUUUAAGGAAUGUGACAUUUGGUUUAUACGCUUCUCCAUGGACUUUUGGCAGCGCACGAUUGCGCUAGGUAAUCAAGUCGGUCGCACAUACGUUUGGGACUUGGACAUGGAAGAGCCUGGGCAAGUGCGCAGCUCGUCCCUUCAGCAUCCUCGUUGCACCGCGCCGAUCCGACAAACUAGUUUAAGUCGAGAUGGUUCCAUAUUAUUAUGCGUCUGCGAUGACGCGACUAUUUGGAGAUGGAACCGUGAUCACUGAUCUAUUCAAAUUCAUUUUAUUUACUAUUAUAAAGACGUGCCUUUACAUACUUGCAAUAAUUUUAAUCUAAAGACUAAAUUGAUUUCUUUUUCUUUUUUUUUUUUUU